CUUCGAAAUAGACAAAAUAUAACUCGAGGCACGCCAAUAAAAUCCCCAGGAAGAUAAAAAUGCCGUGCCCCUCGACUGUGGCACCCAACCCCAUGUGCUAGCGGCUCCCCACGUGCCCACCGCCGCCGUCUCCGGCUCUCCUCCGCGGUGAGAUGUACCUCCGCGUCACUCCUAUCACUAUCACCCUCUAUCUUAGCUACUAUCUAUCUCUAGGUAUCUUCUAGCUCUAUCGCAACCCAGCCAGUCCUCACCCAAACCCCUUCCACAUUCACUUCAUCCACAUUCACCACGCCCUUCACACCCACACCACCCCCAUCUUCAACACAGUACACCAACCCAAUCCAACGACGCCCACCCCGCACGUCCCACCUCCACCCUCCUCAUCCCCAAAACCACAUCCAACCCACCCAACCAAAACAAUCGCGAACGCAAAACCAACACAAUGGGCAACAUCUGCUCCCGAUCCUCCAACCCCUCCGACUCCGAAGCCUUCUCCACCCCCGGCCGUGUCCUCGGCUCCCACCCACCAGACGAUCCCGCCCCGCGCGCCCCGCUCCCCUCAAACGCCAAAGCCAAUCGAGCUGCAACCGGUCCGGGUCCGGGUCGACCAGUCGGUCCUGCUGCUUCGGGGGGUGCGGAGGGAGGUGCGAAUCCAGAUGCGAGAAUGAAUGCGGCGUUGGCGGCGCAGAAACGAGCAGAGUCCGCGUCGACGGCAAACAAAGGGAAGCUGGGGAGUAAGUUGGCGGCGCAAAAGGCUCAGACACAGACGCAGACGUUGAAUGAGGUCAGUCGGGAUGAAGUGGCUGCGAGAGAUGCGGAUGGAGCGGCCGAGGCGAGGAGGUGGCAGUAAUGGACAGUGGUGGAUCUAUCAGGUGUUUACUGGGUAUGGUUUAGGUCUACGGAGUUAGCAUGGAGUAUCCAGUUUAGCGUGUUUAUCUAGAAUCGUUGGCCGGUUUGUAUGCUGUUGAUACCAUAGCUGACUAUCUUUACAUGUGUUAUUCGGAGGUAAUGUCUCAAACAGGUCAUAAGCCAUAUGGUAC